GCUCACUCCUCCUGAACCGGCGGCCAAUCACAAGCUGCAAAGCGUCCUGUUCUGACGCCAGUUCCUUUGUGUGUAGCCGGCAGGCUUGAAGUGGGAUCUUGUCACUUGGUGCUGAUUAUCUGGCAGCGGUUCCUUUAAAUCUGCACGCCAGACCUCCAGGCAAGCGCCCCCUGCUAUUGCACAAUGCCCUUUGACUUCAGGAGAUUUGAUAUCUACCGGAAAGUGCCCAAAGAUUUGACACAGCCAACCUAUACAGGAGCUAUAAUUUCCAUCUGCUGCUGCCUCUUCAUUACGUUCCUCUUCUUGUCUGAGCUCACUGGAUUUAUUGCCAACGAGAUUGUUAAUGAGCUGUAUGUUGAUGACCCCGAUAAGGAUAGUGGUGGGAAAAUAGAUGUGACUCUAAACGUCACCUUACCCAACCUCCCUUGUGAAGUGGUGGGGCUGGACAUUCAAGAUGAAAUGGGAAGACACGAAGUUGGUCACAUUGACAAUUCUAUGAAGAUCCCUAUAAAUAAUGCAUAUGGCUGCAGAUUUGAAGGGCUCUUUAGUAUUAACAAGGUUCCAGGAAAUUUCCACGUAUCUACACACAGCGCCAUAGCCCAGCCAGCAAACCCUGACAUGAGACACAUUAUUCACAAGCUAAGCUUUGGCAACACAUUACAGGUUGACAACAUUCAUGGUGCUUUCAAUGCCUUAGGAGGUGCCGAUAAACUGGCCUCAAAAGCUCUGGAAUCCCAUGAUUAUGUCUUAAAGAUUGUGCCGACUGUAUAUGAAGACUUGAAUGGGAAGCAGCAAUUUUCAUACCAAUACACAGUGGCUAAUAAGGCAUAUGUUGCAUACAGCCAUACAGGGCGCGUAGUACCUGCCAUCUGGUUCCGGUAUGACUUGAGUCCAAUCACUGUCAAAUAUACAGAGAGGCGACAGCCAAUGUACAGGUUUAUAACCACGGUCUGUGCCAUCAUCGGGGGAACAUUCACAGUGGCUGGGAUUUUGGACUCUUUCAUUUUCACAGCUUCGGAAGCCUGGAAAAAAAUCCAGCUUGGGAAGAUGCAGUAGGGAAUGUUUACCCCGCGCUGUUUUAUUGUGGGACUGGACCAAUCAGAAGAAACACCAAUACAUUAAGGAAACACAUUUUGGGCUUUUAUUGUUUAGAAUAUAAAUGAUGCACAAAUGCAAUAUCUCAGACCUAGCCAGAUGCAGCUAGUGAUUCAGGAAGGUACAUCUCCUUUAACUCAUAUCAUUUGUUUACAUGCUGUGUAGAAGGGCCAGCGGCCAUCUGUUUGUAGUGGCUCCGUUAUUUUAGCCUAAUGUAGGACAAAACUAAA